AUGGCCUCCUUGGAAAAGCCGGCGCCGAUAAGGCCACAACCUUGCCGUCCUCAACCGGUCUAUGCUCCACCAGCAAAAAGUAGCGGUCUAAGACACUUCCCCGUUGAACUGGAAGUGCCUUCAGUACCACGUGUGUCGUCAUUCGACCAUGUGUCUGAUCGAAAAGAUUGUGCUAAUACUAACACCUGGCGAUCUGGAUCACAGCGUUGCAAAGAUGGCCUCCUUGGAAAAGCCGGCGCCGAUAAGGCCACAACCUUGCCGUCCUCAACCGGUCUAUGCUCCACCAGCAAAAAUCUAAGACACUUCCCCGUUGAACUGGAAGUGCCUUCAAUACCACGUGUAUCGUCAUUCGACCAUGUGUCUGAUCGAAAAGAUUGUGCUAAUACUAACACCUGGCGAUCUGGAUCACAGGAACCUUUCCAAACUCAGGGUAGCGUCAUAUCUGAAGAUGCACUACGGCCAUCACCGUCUGCAUUUCAGAGUGUGUCAAGCUUCUCUAAUCGGGGUAACAUGAGGGGGUCGUUGAGGUCAUUGCCUGAUGCUGGUCUCAUAAUUCGUGGCAGAUACCACCAAGUCACUCCUCCCAAGGAUCCUACCCUGGCCAUUGACCAGUUAUGCGCUGAGUUAGAGCUAAACACUGAGGAGUUUAAACAAUCUAGCUCAGCUUGGGUAGAUGUGAAAGGAUUUGUUAUUCUCUCUUUGAUAGUAAGAUUAGGGUCAUUGCCUGAUGCUGGUCUCAUAAUUCGUGGCAGAUACCACCAAGUCACUCCUCCCAAGGAUCCUACCCUGGCCAUUGACCAGUUAUGCGCUGAGUUAGAGCUAAACACUGAGCAGGUAAUAUACCAAGCAGUACAAUACAAGAGUAUAGAAUAAGA